AUGGGCGAUGCCCUGCGGCCAAGUGAUGAUGAAUUCAGCGAGGUCCUCCAGGAGAGUCUCAAAAUAUGGAAUUCCUAUCUAAGCGCCGGUAAUGAGCAACACCAAAUCCCCCAGAAAGCCAUAAGUAUGAGACCUCUCGUCAGUCAGACCCCGCCUUUUCUCGGGGAUGGCCUUGCUUCCUUUGACAAGCCAAUCUCGUUCGCCUGCGAGGAAAAGGAAUCCCCAAGCAGGGGUCUUCUCAUCAAUGGCAGAUCAACUUGGAGGACUUCAAAAGGGACCUGCGACCUACCGCCGAAAGUUUUGCCCAGGCAACUUCUAUUAGCAAUUGACAGUCGAUUAAGUGUGGAAUUGUCAGAGGACUCUCCUCUCUCGGACUGGCCUGGAGUCCAAGGUCUCUCGGGCUAUGACGAGGGAAACUACCUAUCGGUUCUUUACUUUGCGUGGGCCUAUAUCCUGUCCGCUCGAUGGGUUGAAUUGCUUAAUUGCUCUGCUGACCACGAAUGUCAUAUGCACUACACUACGGAUCGGGGAGAGGGUCGAUUUCCGCAGUCAAACUAUCAACCUACGAUUCAAAUUGACAUCGGUGACGAUGCUUGUGAGGAAGAAGUCGUCUGGUGGUGGGCCAUUUUGAGUUCUGACGAUUGCUGGGAUGCGACCGUGAAGUAUAACGGCCAUAUGUAUUUGUCGCCAUGGUCGAUCUCGGCAAAGAAGGUGGGAUUUACCUUAGCCACCAAGGAUAAUUUGAGCGCGAAGUCAGAAUCACUCGCUAAAUCGGAACCACCAUUAUCGGAAACUGCUCUCGACUACCUCUCUGGUUUCUGUGUGCGCCACCGCCUCUACGCCCAAUGCUCCGUCGCUCUUGCUGGGGUACUCUUCAUUCCAUUCCUAAAGGGGAGAACAUUAUCACUUCCGCUUCCAAGACAAGCUUCUUGGCCGUCACUAACACGCUGUGUCAAUGACUCGCCUGUUUCUAUUUCAGAUCUUCUUGCUAAGCAUAAGGAAUUGCUUCCCAAGUAUAUGACAUUGAGCUCCAAUAUUUGGGGGUUGCGUUCUCUUCUACAUAGUACCUUUUUCAAUCCAGAUAUUGAGUGUAAUCUUGUCAGUGCCUGGCUGAAUUCAGCCUUUGCGAUUAUCAAUUCCAUCUCGCCCAAUGAAUUGCCCGCGUUUUUGGCAACUCGAAAGCCUAUACUUGGCAUUCUCUGGCUUGGUGCAAUUCUCGCAGGCUCAGCAAAUAAUGUUUUACGCGAUAUACGAAUAGGAUUAGUGGCUUUGGAUCUUCCAGCCUCGGCCUGGGCCAGAACAGCGCAGACAUUCUUGACCUCUGAAAUGGAGACUAAUAACAGUGAAGCAAUACGCCGCGAUGACGAAUGCCGAUUGUCAUUCAUUACUGCCUGCGAAGGCCAUGACCGACCUCCAAUCUGGCCUUGGAAGCCUUUUGGGAAGACACAACUUUGUGACACAGACCUGACGGUUCGACAGCAUGCUCAAUGUGGUCAUUGUCUAGAAUACGAGUCUUGGGAAUGGAUGUUGACAAAUGAUGAUUCAAUUCGGGAUUUCGGAAUAGAUAACAGCGAUUCCCCUGACCAAACACCACAUUCUGUCCCCAACGUGGCACCGGUGGCUCUUGGCGAUUAUAAAGAUGAUUUCUUCUCGCAAAUGCUCUCGGAAGGAGCAACCCGUGGGAUCUUUGAAUGGUUGAGGUCAACGGGUUACCCUCUCAGUGAAAAACCAAUAUACCAGCAUUCAUGGAUCGAUCUUGAAGACACUGAUGGGGAAGAUGAGCCUGAGGCAGAAUCGGACGUUGAAAGCUGGCUUGGCGCAAUCGAAUAG